GCUCGGACCCUCAAACUGCAGCUACCUGCUUUAAUCACUGAGGUGAUCUGGGUGGCAUUUAUGGGACGGAUGGUGUUUUUCUUCCUCCUGUAGGAUUUUACCUGGAAAGGAAAACAACUGUCUAAAAUCGAAUAUUCUGCACUUUAACAUAUAUUUACACACUCUAAAGACAUUAAAUAUUUCUAUAAGCUGGUUUCCAGCUAAACCUGAACACACCUCUGCUUCUCCUGGGACGAUGCUGUGCUCUAACCUCCGCCCGGCCCUCCCUCACCUCUUGUGGCGGAGGCUUGCUGGUACCGCCACCUCCAGGACGGCGGCGGUGAAGCGGCCGGAGAUUCUGUCGGUCAGCCUGGCCUUUGAGGAUCCAAGCGCUUUCAGGGUGAAGAGUCUGGGCGAACUUCUCCGAGCUCUCGGUGUCUUCCGCCUGUGCUCCUUCCCUGUGCUGGUCAACAACUGUGGUAAGCUGAUGACAGCAGCACGCACCAUCCUGGGGAGGAGAGGGUUCUCUUUGCUGCUGCGGCCCACCGUCUACGCCCAGUUUGUGGCCGGAGAAAACGAGACGGAGAUCGCCCAGUCCAUGGGAAAGAUGAGCUUGCUGGGACUGAGGCCCAUGUUGGCGGUUCCGAUUGAGGAAGACCUUGGAGAGAGCACUGGAGAAAAGAGAUAUGACUACAACAUGGCGGCCAUGUUGGAAUGUGUCCGGAUGUCCCACAGCAACGCCUGGAGCAAAGACCCGAUGAUGCAGCUGAAGAUCACUGCUCUGCUCAGCCCAGAGCUGUGUGUCAAACUCACAACCCUGAUUGCACAACAACCAUACGACCUGAGCCUCCUUGUCCGAGCGAUGGAUGGAGAAAUGAUAACGUUUCCUGGAUUGGAGGAAAAAGAGGCGGCUCAUUUCUUGUGUGGUCUCCAAAGACUGAACAAAAUAGCAGAGGCGAGUGUUAACAAAGUUAGAGUGCUGGUUGAUGCAGAGUACACCUACAUGAACCCUGCUCUCACGCUGGUCACCAUGGCGCUGAUGAAGAAGUUUAACAAAGAUGGCGCCUGGAUCUGGAACACCUAUCAGUGUUAUCUAAAGGACUCCAGGUCUCUGCUGUUGGAGGCUCUCCAUCUGUCACAGGCUGAAGGUUUCUGUUUGGGAGUCAAACUGGUACGAGGUGCAUACAUGGACAAAGAGCGAAAGCUGGCAGAGAAGGAGUGCCGGGUGGACCCCAUUCACCCGAGCUGGGAAGAGACCAACAAGAGUUAUAACGGCUGCCUGGACGUGAUGAUGGAAGCCAUAGCACAGAAACCGGACCGCUACAGGACCAUCGUGGCCACUCACAAUGAGGAGUCUGUGAGACGAGCUGCUAAAAGGAUGGAGGAGUUGGGGAUACAAAAAGAUGGAGGCUCAGUGUGUUUCGGCCAGCUACUGGGGAUGUGUGAUCACGUCUCCCUGACACUGGCAAAGGAAGGUUAUCCUGUCUACAAGUCGGUGCCAUACGGCUCAGUGGAAGAUACGCUCCCCUAUCUGGUGCGCCGGGCGCAGGAGAACCGCACCGUACUGCAGGGCAUUCGCAAAGAAAGAGACCUGCUAAGGCAGGAGCUCAGACACAGAAUGAGGCGAAGCAUGAGGGGUGGCAGCUAACGACAGAUAACCAACACAGAGACGAAAACAUGACAAAUCAGGAGGAGUAAACUGGUGUAAACGCAGCUACUACUACUUUAUUUUUAAGCCUGUUUUAGUUUUUCCAUAUCCUCGGUGACGGAGAACCAACAAGUAGAUGAAUAUCUGGAGGGUAUUCUAACUUAAACGUAACAUUUAAAGCACCGGGGUUUAUUUACAUAGAAUAAAUAAACCAUUUAUUUUGUUUUUUUAAAGGCUCUACAUUGAAGACAGUGACAAAUAAAAUUAUAACUUUCUGUUUUUUCUUUCUAUUCUCUCUUCUGUUCUCGGCUCCCACACAGAGCUGGGUCCACUUGCUCAGCUCCUCCCUCCCGUUUCAAACUCUUCUAAUUAACUAAAAGUUAAAGAGCUAAACAUGAAUAAGAUGUUUGCUACCUUUGACAAAAAAAGUUUCAGUCUAUGAAAGCAGUGCAGCAGUUAUGCUAAUGAGGCAGCUUAUCAUGAUUCAGCCAAAGUUAGAAAAUAACGAACUGCAGUCUGAUCUUUAUUGGUAACGUGUUUCUUCUGAUUGAGCAGUGAAAGUAAAUAAAGGGCGUUACAUGUCUUUUGCUUUAACUAUUUACUUACUGGCAGGGGCGCAACUGCAUAUUUUCUGAGGUUUAUGCGAACAUGCCAUCGGCGCCCCCUCAUUUUUUAUUAAAGUAUCAAUAAUAAUAAAUGUACAUAUAUGUGAAUAAAUUGUUGCCUACAGGACAAUCAA